GCCCGCCCGCUCGUAAGCGCCCAUCUUCAUGGAGUGAGCGGUCGUGGCGUCUGUUUCUUUUUUUCGGCCCGCACUUAUUUCUUGUUUUUUUGAAAGGGAUAAUUCUUGAUGUCCGCCUGAGACGUCAUUAAAAUGUCUGAAAAUGUCCGCCGCUGUCAGCUGCAGGCACUGACGAGUAGCAAUAUAGUAUAAAAUAGUAUUUUGAGAAAAAUAUUUAAAAAAAAAUUGACCUCGCGUGUAAAUCAGAAAUCGGGAACUUACAGCGGGCCAAGGCAGAAAAAAAAAGGAGAAAGUGAAAAAUGGGUGCAUUUUUGGAUAAACCAAAAACAGAGAAACAUAAUGCACAUGGUGCAGGGAAUGACUUGCGUUAUGGCCUUAGCAGCAUGCAGGGUUGGAGAGUGGAGAUGGAAGAUGCUCACACAGCUAUUGUUGGCAUUCCUCAAGGCUUGGACACAUGGUCCUUCUUCGCAGUGUAUGAUGGUCAUGCAGGCUCUCGUGUGGCAAACUACUGCUCAAAGCACUUACUUGAACACAUAACAAGUAAUGAAGACUUCAGAGGCACAAAUGUGCCUGGGUAUCCCAUUGAACCUACCAUAGAACAUGUCAAGAGUGGUAUCAGAACUGGAUUUUUGAAAAUUGAUGAGUACAUGCGUAAUUUUUCAGAGCUGAGAAAUGGCAUGGACAGGAGUGGGUCAACAGCUGUAGCAGUCAUGAUCUCCCCAGAGCACACAUACUUUAUCAACUGUGGCGAUUCAAGAGCUGUUCUGUACAGAAAUGCACAACUUUGCUUUUCAACACAGGAUCAUAAGCCUUGCAACCCAAGGGAGAAAGAGCGAAUCCAGAAUGCAGGGGGCAGUGUAAUGAUACAGCGAGUUAAUGGAUCACUAGCUGUGUCACGAGCACUGGGGGACUAUGAUUACAAGUGUGUCGAUGGGAAGGGGCCUACAGAGCAACUGGUGUCUCCAGAGCCUGAAGUGUAUGAGAUUCUUAGAGCAGAAGAAGAUGAGUUUAUUAUACUGGCAUGUGAUGGCAUUUGGGAUGUGAUGUCCAAUGAGGAGCUCUGUGAGUUCGCUAGAUCUAGACUAGAGAUAACGGAUGACCUUGAAAAAGUCUGCAACUGGGUGGUGGACACCUGCUUACACAAGGGAAGUAGAGACAACAUGAGCAUUGUACUGGUCUGCUUCCCUAAUGCUCCCAAGGUUUCAGAAGAGGCAGUGAGAAAAGAUGCUGAACUGGAUAAAUACCUGGAGUCGCGUGUUGAAGAAAUAAUGCUGAAGCCCAGUGAAGAAGGAAUGCCUGAUUUGGUUCACGUGAUGCGUACCCUCUCCAUGGAGAACAUCCCUAAUCUACCCCCAGGAGGAGGCCUUGCAAGCAAGCGCAGUGUGAUCGAAGCUGUUUAUAGUAGACUGAAUCCGCACAGGGAUGAUGAUGGGAACAGAAUGCACAGAACCGGCCAUCUUAUUCAGAAGCUGUUGCAAGAAUUGGGAAUUCCAUAAUGGCGCAGUAGGUUCCGCAGAUCUUGAAGACCCCUGGUAGUUAAAUAGGCUAAAAUCGCUAAGAAUUUCCUGGUUUGAAAUAUGGAAGAAACCUUCGUUCACACACCUUUUAUUUACUACAAGGGAAAUUAAAAAUCCAAAGGAUCUUCUUUUAAAGUCAUUUUGUCAGAAGGGCAGGAGGAACUUAAUUGUUAGAAUUAUACACCAUUUGUUCAUUUUUUUGCAUAUUCUAAUAUUGCCACUCUUGCGCAUCUUCCUGUAAAACAGUAUUUUGUUGACUGCCUCAGACUUACUAAUUGCAUCUGUACCCAACUUGUUGCCUGAAGGAUUGGUGAUUCUAUUAGCAGAUGUAAUAAAGUACCUGAGGUGCAUGGAUUUCUAGUUUCAUUUGGAAGAUGCACUAAGUACUGUUAAUUUAAAUCUAACUCACCGGACAUGAGCAUGUACAAAUUGCUGUAUAAGGCAUUACUUGAUAGCAAGGUUCAAGGUUGAGAGCUUCUGCACCUAUCUCAGGCCCAGAGGGAACAUGCAGUGAGCAGAAUGCUGUAGAAAUUUAUUUUGUGUAAUUCUUCACAUCAAUUUCUGCUGUACUACCAAAUACUCAGUUUUCUCUGCUGUCAGAUAUGCAGUAUAUGUUGUCUACUGCUUGCUUGAAGAUAACAUUGCAUUUGGCAAUAAAUAUAGCAAAUGUAUGGUAAAGUUCCCUUAUGAUUUUAAAGCAUGUGUAGAUUAUAAGCUCUUGCUAAGCAGAACCUUUGGACAAAAAUGAAUAGAUUAAUUUAUGCUUCUAUGUCAAUUGCCAUUUGCUUCAGACAUCCCACUCAUUAUUGCAGAAGUUGAAAAUAUCGCUAUAAAAUUUGCCUUUCUCACAUGAUAUUGUAAAUUGUGAUUUUUGUUCUACAUGUGGUUUUCUAUUAGUAUCAUUGAUUUGCAGCAGAAAUAAAGAGAAGACAGCCUUGUGUAAACUGGGGUAUAGUUUUGCAAGAGAAUUGUUUGCAUUAACAAUUUCAAAACUAGAGAUCACAUAGAUUUAUAAAUGCAAUUUAAAAUAUUAUAUUGUGAAUUUAAGCUUUACAAAAUAUGUUUCUUAAUUUUGUUCAGUGAUUUUUUUCUUUCAUUCAUUGUGGAAUGGGCAUGGUACAGAGUGGCUGUCUUUUAAGGUACUUGAAGAUUCUUAGUUUGAUUUGUAUUUCUGCAAUAACAUGAUUUUACUGAGUAAGUUUGAGUUGUGCAUGUACUAAAGUUCAGUUUAAGCUAAUGGUUGAGGGAAAGGGGAUUUGAGCAGCAUUGAGGGCAGAAAAAGCAAUGAAUGUAUCCACUUGUACACAAUACACUUCCUAUGGAUGCCUUGUAAGAGUUAAAUGAUGCAGCUUGUCUGUUAAUGGUGUAUUGUUGAGAAUGUUCAUUGCCCUUAUACGUGAUUGAUACAUACUAAUGAGUGAUGCUGAUUGAAUUUGUAUAAAAUUGAAUUCAUUUGUAUUUCUCUAACUUUGUUUUUUUCCCCUCAUUUAAGUCCUUAUGCUGGAAAGCUGCCUAUUACCAUACACCCUUGAGCACUGGUACCUACAACCAGCUUCCCCAAUCGUUUGGUUCAUUGUGUAGGUAUGAAUCUUGGCCUAGAGAGUAUGAUUAUUGCCAGUGUUUUUAUUUAUUCACUAGAUUUUAGCUACAACAAUGAAAAUGUCCUGAAGAAGAUGAUGUUAACAGGUGUUUUGACCCUUUGUUGAGAUUAUGGGGUUGUUUUAGGAUAGGGGAUGAAGAGUGCACAAGUGGUUUCUUAUUGUCCACAGACUGUCCACUCUGGUCCUUCCCUGUACUGACUAUAGUAUAUUCCCUGUAUGAUAUUUGUGAUGUUUCAUACAAUACAGUGAUCAUAACCACCUUGUUAUCUUCAAUAAAGGAUUGCUAAAUGCA